AUGACUUCAUUGCGUGUUUGGCUAGGAAUCGCCGGGUGCGUGUCGAGGACAGCGACUGCGCCUUUGGAUCGAAUCAAAACGAUCUACCAGGCUCGCGGCGGUCGAGCUGCCUCCACGGGCCUGGUGGGGUCCUUUCGGCGUAUGCUGAAGGAGGGCGGAUACACUUCCAUGUGGCGUGGUAACGGUGUCAACUGCAUCAAAAUAGCGCCGGAACAGGCUUUCCGCUUCCAAGCUUAUGAGACCUACAAGAAGCUGUUUUUCAAGAAGGACGGUUCCACUGAGCCUCUAUCGAUGCCGGAAAAGUUUACCGCUGGCGCACUUGCAGGAGCCACCUCACAAACCCUCAUUUACCCUAUGGAGGUGCUGAAAACGCGCAUGUGUCUUCGCAAAACGGGUCAGUAUUCGUCAAUUUUUGACUGUGCAAAGAAGCUCUAUAGAGAACAAGGGAUAUGGAUAUUCUACCGAGGUUAUGUUCCGAACCUGGUGGGCAUCCUACCCUACGCUGGCAUCGACUUAGCUCUCUAUGAGACCUUCAAGACACUCUACAUAAAGGCUCUUAACAGAAGUACGGAGAAAUCGGGAACUCAGAAACUGGCUGGACCGCCUGUCUACGUCUCACUGACCGCGGGUGCCUGCUCCUCCGUCUGUGGCCAAGUCGCUACUUACCCUCUUGCUUUAAUUAAAACUAAACUCCAGGCAGAAAGCGAAAAGGUGCGUCCCUCUUCUCCCCCCUUUCCGCCAGCUAGAUGCUCUCGUAAAGCUCCCCUGAACCAUACAACAGCGCAUAGCGCCAGCUUCCAAAUCGGGUUCUUUACCCCACCUAUGCGCGUGCAUUUUUUGUGUUAUUUACCACGGUUGCAGAUCUCAUUGAAAAAGCUCUUCCAAAGAAUUAUUAAAACCGAAGGCACAAUGGGUCUCUACCGCGGAAUGGGCGCCAAUAUGUUGAAGGUGAUCCCGGCCGUCAGCAUAUCAUACGCCUGCUAUGAGAAAGUCCGGUCUGUGUUGGGAAUUUAA